AUGGGCACUAAACACAUAAGGCGAACGGGUGAAUUGAAAUCUGGAUUUUGUUUUUUGGUUCCUUUUAAGGUGGGUACGUAUUUUGUUGGGCAGUACUAUCAUGUGUUGCAACAACAGCCAGAAUUUGUACACCAGUUCUAUAGUGACGCCAGUACGAUGCUUCGUAUCGAUGGCAAUACCAGAGAGACCGCCGCUGGGAUGCUGCAAAUGCAUGCAUUAAUUAUGUCGCUGAAUUUUAAUGCGAUUGAGAUCAAAACUGCACAUUCCCUGGAAUCUUGGAAUGGUGGCGUCCUUGUGAUGGUUUCUGGUUCCAUGCAAAUAAAAGAUUUCAGUGUCAGAUGGAGAUUUAUGCAAACAUUUUUUCUUGCACCUCAUGAGAAAAGGCUAUUUUUGCUUAAUGACAUUUUUCACUUUAAUGAUGACGAACCAGUUCAUCACCAUCCGGCAGUCUUAUUAGCCCAGGGCAACCUUGACCCCAAACGCAAUGCUUCUGCUGCAAUUCCUGAGCCUGUGUCCAACUAUUUACUUGGUGGAGAGAUCCCAGGAAGGGAAUUUGUGGCUUGUGCUGAUGUCAAAGAAAAUGGUCCAGUUGACAAUUAUAAUUUACCAGAGCAACCAUUGCAGCAACCCCUUGAGUCUGAAAAUAUUGUAGAGAACAAUUGUGCAGAUGAGACAAAUGGUUCUGUUACAAAUACAGUGAAUGCCAUACAAGACUACCUGCUUGCUUCUGUGGAGGAAUCUGUUGGAGAACGCCAAAAGCACACAUAUGCCUCCAUAUUACGUGUUGCUAAAGGACAGUCGGCUCCAGCUGCUGCUGAACAACCUUUGAAUGACAAGAAUAACCUUCCUGCUUCAGAGUGGAAUCAUCCUUCACAGCCUGUUAAUCAGCAGCAAUUAGUGUCAUCAACUAUUGCUGAAAGAUCUGUAGCAGAAACAGAGGAAGUUUCUGCCAUAGAAGAUGAAGGAGAAAUAAAAUCUGUUUACGUGAGAAACUUGCCUUCUACUGUUUCCGAGUCUGAAAUCGAAGAGGAAUUUAAGAAAUUUGGAGAAAUCAGGCCUGAUGGUGUGGUCAUUCGGAGCCGCAAGGAUGUUGGUGUUUGCUAUGCAUUUGUUGAAUUUGAAGAUAUGAGCAGUGUUCAUAUUGCAGUCAAGGCAGGCAGUGCACAAGUUGCUGGACGACAGGUAUACAUUGAAGAGAGGAGACCAAACAGCAAUAUCCCCUUGAGAGGAGGGAGAGGUAGGGGUAGAGGGAGAGGUGGCUAUCAAUCGGAGGCUACAAGAGGCCGCUUCAGUGGUCGAAGUUUUGGUAGGUUAAGUAUCCAGGAUGGAGGGGAACGAGAGUAUAACAGACCAAGAGGAAAUGGUUUCUAUAGGCCAGGUCCUCGCCAGGACAGAGGUUUCUCAGGUCACCAAAUCUCAAGAAGUGGACAAAAUUCAGUGGAGUAGAGGUUUUAGAAAAAAAUUCAAGUAAUAUUCUCAGGGUCAGUUUUCAUUAGAUUUGAUAGGAAUAUGAAUUUCAUUAUUUUCUCCUAAGGGGUUUUGUGAUGCGAUUAUUUAUUUGGAAAACCCCCUGGUUUGGUAGGUAUUAUUAUGCUUGAACAUUUGGGGAUACCAUCUCUAGGUAAUAUGGAGAAGCGAUUUUAGCUGAAUGGACAUUUAUUCAAUUUUGUAUUAUUUAAAGGAUGCUGUUGAGCAAAUAAAGCAAAUUCUGCAUGUUGUCCAUGCUGGAUGUAGUGAUUUUGUAAAAUUGAUUUGUCAA